AUGGCUCCCCAGGAUUUUCGUGUUGCCAUCGUUGGUGGCAGCAUUGCGGGGCUCACAUUGGCACUCGCUCUGGAGAAGAGCGGCAUUGACUUCGUAGUGCUUGAGGCGUACCCGGAAAUAGCACCACAGGUGGGCGCGAGUAUCGCUGUCCUGCCCAAUGGCUUCCGCAUUCUGGAUCAACUUGGCUGCUACGAGGACAUGCUCGAGAAAGUGAACUGCACCAUUGACAACUUCAUCAUCCGGAACUCCGAUGGGAGCGUUUUGACCCAUGUGAAGCACUUGGAUCACCAUUUGAUUCAACGCCAUGGAUACCCGAUGAUCUUUUUUGAGCGGCGCAUGGUAAUUGAAGUGCUUUAUAAGCAUAUCACCCAGAAAGAGAAGGUUCUUACGUCCAGGAGAGUGACUGAAGUCGAGGAACGCGCUGAUGGCGUCACCAUCACCACACAAAAUGGUGAAAAGUUCACCGCGGAUGUGGUGAUUGGUGCGGAUGGCAUCCACAGCACCGUGGGGAAGGAGAUAUGGAAGACGAACCUCGAAAAGAAUCCCAAUGCCAAGAAAGAUGAUCUGCCGGUGCAGUAUAUGUGUCUUUUCGGUAUCUCGGAGAAGGUCCCCGGAAUUGCUGAAGAUGUCCUGCAUCAUAUCACAAACGAAGGAUCAUCAUCAUUUGCCGCAUCAGGCCCGAAUGACCGCACGUACUGGUGUUUGUUUGUCAACACCGGGACCACGUACCACGGAGAAGACUUGCCUCCGUACGACGACGAUUAUAUUGCUAAGACUGCGGAGAAGCACAACGAUGAUGCCAUCACUGAAACGGUCAACUUUGGUGAUCUCUGGAAGCGGAGGAUCAUGUCAGUCUUCCACAAGUUCAAUCCCAUCAUCGGUCUUGGCGGUAUGUCGGGCAUGGAGACGUGUGCAGCUCUCACCAACAACUUGACCACUUUGCUUGAAUCCUACAAAACAUCUUCCGAGAUCCCCGCCUCGGCCAUCGAAGCCGCAUUUGCAGCCACCCAGGAGCUCCGCAAACCACGCGCCAGCGUCCUCGUCGACGUCUCGCAACAGACGCAGUACAGAUUCGCCAUGGAAACCCCGAUGCUCAAGUUCCUCAACCGCUACGUCUACCCCAGCAUGGGCUCCGGCGCUACUCUACGGCUGCUUUCGGAGGCCUAUCCAGGAGCCACGAGCUUUGAGAAACUGCCACUGCCCAAGAAGCCUCGCGCCCUUCCCUACCACGAUGAGCUUCUGCAGCAGCCUAGAUUCAGGAACUUCUGGCUGAACAAACUUACCCUCGUCUUCCUUUUUGGACUGGCUUUGGUGGGUCGCCACGUUUUGUUCACCAUCGGGAAGGCCAACGGAGCGUUUCCGCUGGUUCGGGAGACUGUGGUGCGAGGAACCUUUGCAGAAGUGGGUGACUUGCCCUUGAGAUCUGUCUUUGGGAUGAACAAGUUCCCGGGGAUCGACCGGCUUCUUCGGGUGCUUACCACGGUUUUCCUGCCUAUCGUGGCAGGUGCAGGCGGUAUGGAGGGCAGGCUACUGGCGGGAUACUUCUUGGUCUCCGUCAUCCUCCCGCUCCUUGCACUGAUGCUCGUUGAGGGGUAUCGGAAAAGGAAUACUUGGUCCCUGGUCUGGAGCCCCGCUAUUUGGGCUACAUUGGGCCAAUUGUUUGGCCUUGGCAUCGUCUUGCCGUUAUAUGUUCUGGUCUUCUUCUACAGCUCCGAGGGCAUUGCUUACUGGAUGCCGGCUGAGAGGUGCAUCCCACAAUCGGCGAGCAAAGCGAUUCUGCCAUCCUUGAUCCUCGGAUUCCUCGUUCCCUCUGUCCUUAUGGUAUUGCUCGGCCCAGAGAGUGGCUACCUCCAGGAAGCUAUUGCCUUUUGGCAAAUCACGCCCAUACUCGUCAGUCCGUUGAGCGCGCUUUUUUCGAAACUGCAGGCUCCUGGAUCUUUGAAGAAUGGAGAGGUGCCGGUGGAGGACUACCAAGGACUUGACCUCCCGCACCUGAGAAGGCUGUACGACGUCCUCUUCUUCAUUGCAGCUGCAGUGCACGUUGCUGUACUUGGGUUCCUCGGCCUGUCGUCCGGAACCACGAUCAUCGGGGCUUUCGUGCCUAUGAACCCGGGAUCUCCCGUUUCGUCGCUUGCUGCCGGGAUGAAGAUCUUCUUCCAAUUCGACCUCCUUUUGGUCGUAUUCACGAUAUUCGUCUGGGUUGUGCUGAACAUUGGGGAAAUGAAGCGCGUGGGCAUCAUAAAGUCACCAUUGUUGAAGGCCAUCGUUGGGCUACUUCUUGGUUUCUUGCUGGUCGGCCCCGGUGCGACCAUCCUGGCAUUUUGGGAGUGGCGAGAAGAUGUGAUGGCGAGGCCUGGCCUGAAAAAUCCUUGA